AUGGUGCACAGAAAAGAUGCCCUUCUUAAAUUUACUCAGCAAAAUAAAUCCAUGAGAAAAUCAUCAGAUUGCGACAUUUUACCUUAUCUUCUGCACUCACUAGACUCAGUAAAAAACUACUUUCUUGAUGUCUCUGCUGUGAAAGCCGGCCAUGAAUCCAGCUCUCGAGAAAUCAGAAAGCUUUUUUCCAAGUACCCUUUGAAAUCUCCAGAAUCAAGGUCAAACAGCACCAGUGAAGUGGCCCUUCAAAGAGAAAUAUCGGCAGAUUUAUCCGUACAGGUUAUUCAAAACCUCUCUUUUGGCAAUGAUCUUAAAUCCGAAAUGGUUCAAUUGAGGAAAAGUCCAAACGGGAAAGAGACGGUGACCAAUGAAAGGCCGUCAUCAGCUCCACCUCCUCCUCCAUCACGAAACAGUUUUGUUGUCAAGUCAGGUUCAGAAAAUAUAGAAGACUGGGAAGUAGUGGAGAACCUACAACUGUCUUCAGAGAAUACAGGAAACCAGAAAUUAAUUGACAAUAUUCAAGACAAGGAACCAGUUGACAGUCUCAGUGUUUUUCCCAGUGAUGAUAUGGAUGGCAAUGAAGCAAGUUUCCUGGGAUUGUCUCUUGAAGAACAUCGGAGUCGUUUAUCUUCCUUGUCUAAAUCAGAUGUUCAAAACAAGUCUGACCAACAAAAAAAGGAAGAUGAUAUAAUCAACGCCUCCCAGCAUUUGGAUGAAACACAAUUGAUCAGCUAUGAUCAUGGAUUCUCCUUUAUAUCUGGUAAUGCCACCCCAAAAAUGGGAAGAAAUACCUCUCUCCGUCGGCAGAUUUUGAUUCUGAGGCAGGAAAACAAUCAAUUGAGGGAAAUGCUUCAUGAAAAUCAGAACAAAAUAAAGAAUCAAGAAGAACAGAUGAGACAAUUGGAAAAUUCGUUAUUAGAAAAGGAGGAGAAAAAUGCAACUUUCACUGCAGAAGAUUUUAAGAUUCUUGAUGAAGAUGAAGAUGGCAAUGAAGAUCAGAAGCAAGUUAUUGAGAAUGAGGCUGAAGAUGAAAUUAACCUCAACGAAAAGCUUUCCAAAUUAAUGAAGGAGAACAAACAAUUCCUCGAGAGACUUGAGCUUUCAAACCAGGUUUUAGAUCAGGAAAACCAUGACAAAAAAGUGAGUAACCUUUUGCAAGAGAACUUGAACCUUAUGCAAAAUUUGGAGCAGCUGACCAAGAAAAUCAGCAGUGUCACUUCUGAUUUUACAAAUGAACCAAAUGAGAAACUUCUUCAAGUUGCAGAUUUAUCAAAAGAGGAACUUGAAGUUGCAGAUCCACCAGAAAGCCUGCAGGGAAUUCAAGAACUUAGUGACCUCAAAGAGAAACAUGUUCGCUUGCAGAGUGACUACAAUAAUUUGGUAAGCAACCGAGACAAGCUGCAGGAGGAAUACGAACAAGUGCAAGAAGAAAAAGACAAGCUAAUUUUUAUUCAGCAGAGACUGAAACAAAAUAAUGAACAAGCCACAAAGCAGAAUUGUAACUUGUUGAACAUGAAAGAUAAUUUGCAACAGGAGUUGGAGGAAAUGAUUGAGCAGAAUAAGAACCUUCAGGAGAAAUAUAAUCGUAUCUGUGAAAAGACAGAAUUAUUGGAAAAAACAGUGGCAAAUCUAAGUGCAUCAGAAAAUACCCAAAAGUUGAUCCCAGAUCAUUUUGAUGAAACCAAGGAAUUGCUUGAAGCAAAUAAAAUUGUGGGGUCUCAAGAAGAUAACAAGGCAGAGGAGGAGGAGGAACUAAAUGUUUUGCAACUGGAAAACAGUCUUCUCGAAGAACAGUGCAGGAAAUUAUUGGUAGAAAAAGACAUCCUUGAAGAAGCGAAUGUUGAAAUUAAAGACGCCCAUGAUGCCACUGUUCAGCUGAUGAACUCUGAGAAAGAAGAACUUCAAGCAGAAAAACUGAAACUUGCUGAAAAACUUGAGGAAGUGACCAAGGAAAAUGACAACUUGCAGCAAAAGUACAACAAAGUGAUGCAAGAAAUCCAUUUGAAAUAUCAGGAUGAAGACAAACAAAGCAAUGCUGAAAAUAACCAUGACACCAAUUCCAAGAUCCAAAUGCUUGAAAACGAAAAUACUAGACUUCAACAGCAAAUAAUGCAAACUGAGAAAAGAUAUGAAGAAAUUGUUGAAAAUUACCGUCUACAUUUGAUCAGUGCAGUUCAGGGCUAUAUCGAUCCUGAUGUAGAAAAGGCUCUGAAUUGGUUUUCUUUCUCUUUCUUCCUCUUCGUUCCUUCCUUCCUUUCUUUCUCCUCUUCGUUCCUUCCUUCCUUCCUUCCUUUCUUUUUUCCUUUUCUUUUUCUUCCUUUCCUUCCUUCCUUCCUUUCUUCCUUCCUUCCUUUUCUCUUCCUUCCUUUCUUUCCUUCCUUUCCUUCUUUUUUUCUUUUCUUCCUUCCUUUCUUUCUCCUCUUCCUCCUCUUUCUUUCUUUUUUCUCUUUUUUUUUUCUCUUUAUAGCCAAAGCCUACUGCUACAAGUUUAAAGAGAAUUGCCAUUCCGGUAUUUUUUUUUUUUUCAUUGCAUGUAUGUAUCAUGAUGCAAUAAGAAAAAUAUCAAAGUAA